AUGGCCAACCGUCCUCCAGCCGAUGUGGCGCUUUCACCCGACAUGCCCGGACCUCCUACCCCCUCCUUGGACAGACUCGAAGACUCGCCGGUUCCUUCGCGCGCGACAUCACUGGAUGCAGAUACCCUGUUGCAAGAGAGCAAUGGCGCGACAUCAGGGCGGAAGCGCAAGCUCAAUAGCAUGUCAUCACGGGGCGUCGCCAACCUUACCCCAGACCAGCUCGCAAAGAAGCGCGCCAACGACCGCCAGGCGCAGCGCGCAAUCCGAGAACGCACCAAGGGACAUAUAGAAGCUUUAGAACAGCAAGUCCGGGACCUUUCAUCUCAAAAACCAUACCUCAACCUCCAAGCAGCUCUGCGCCAGAAUGAGGCGAUCCGGUCGGAGAAUAGAGAGCUCCGGCAAGGGCUGAAGGCGGCAAUGGAUAUUAUACAGCCAUUGCUUGCGAGGCCGGAAAUAUCAGAUGCACCCCCUAGUCUCCCUAUACCCAAGUCCGCCCCGCCCCCUGCACAUACACCCCCGUUCCCCGACACCGAUAACUUCACCUCCAAUUCCCAAGGUCCACUUCCAGGCGACAAGUCGUAUGCCGACUCGAGUGCCAGCAUUGAUACACCCUCUCCAACACAAUCUGCCCCGGCAUCAGUGGGUCGCCGGAGCAGUUCCAAUUGCGGCCCUCCGCCGGCCUCUUUCCGCGUCGCAUUGGACUCGCAGCGCCAUAACACCACCCAUGGCUUAGACCUUGGCUCGGAGGAGCGACUAGGCUUUAACUUCCUAUUGGAUUCGUCCCGUACUGUUCCCAAAGUCGACCGUCUUCGCCGCGGCAGCUCAGAGAACUUCCGCUCUCACCCAAAUCCUCCGUCACCAAUAUACCCACAACCACUGAAUACGACCAGCGAACAUGGCACCCCUGCAUUCGCUGCCCCGAUACAAAACUUGACCGCAACAUGUCCCUUGGAUACUAUUCUUCUGGAGUUCCUCCACAGCCGACAACGCGAAGCCGCACAAGGCAUCCCCAGACAGAAACUAGUGGGGCCACCAUACCCAAGUGUCUCCUCACUAUUGAAUCCAGACAAAAGUGUCUACUCCCACCCGGUCUCAAAGGUGUUCACGGAUAUCCUACGUGCAUUCCCUGAUAUUGCCUCCCUACCGGAGCAAGUCGCUGUGCUCUAUACCAUGUUCCUCCUCAUGCGCUGGCAGAUUUAUCCCACGCAAGAGAACUAUGAACGUCUCCCGGAGUGGCUCACACCACGUCCAACGCAACUUCUCCAUCCACAUCCAGCUUGGAUGGAUUAUGUGCCUUGGCCAGGGAUGCGUGACCGGAUUGUCACAACAUACCAGAACUAUCCGUUCGAGAAUUGGUUUAUCCCAUUCACUCGUGGGAUUUGUGUUAAUUGGCCGUAUGAGUCCACGGAUUGCUUAUUGUCGGCUGGUGACUCGGACGAGCUGGUUAUCAAUCCUGUCUUUGAACGGCACAUGCGCAACCUGAACAAUUGGUCUUUGGGGACAUUCUUUGCGGAGACCUACCCUGCUUUGGCGGACACGGCUCAAAUCAAGCCGAAAGAGCAAAGUUCAACGCCGCGCCCACAGUAG